GGUGACACCAGAGCUCCGCCAAGCGCUUGUUUCAGUCUCCAAGAAGUCUCAGCUCGAAACGCUGAUGGAGCCGCACAAGAAGGGUCCGCGCACGACAUUGGCCGCCCGCGCGCGCGACGCCGGGCUGGAGCCGGCCGCACUUCAGCUUCUCCAUGGCACCGCUAGAUGUCAGCCGGCGGCGCUCAUUCAGCCAGGACAGGAAGGCCGCUCCACGCUUGAGCAGAUCCAGACCGGGCUGAUAAACAUUAUCUGUGACGUCAUCAGCAAGGACGUCACCAUCCAGCAGGAGGUGGUGCGCAUGGCCUCGCACCCCGGCAUCCAGCUGGUCACCAAGCAGAAGGCGGCGUCCAAGAGUCAGCCGGCGCCCGCCGACGAUCAGGCGUACAAGUACAAGAACUACCUGAGCUUCCGCAAGCCGAUCCGCUGGGUACGCAGCUUCGAGUACCUGGCCAUCUGCCGGGCGGAGGAGCAGAAGUACAUCACGGUGCGGCUGGAGCUGCCGGACGAGCUGCGGUACCGCUUCAGAGACCACUGUGGACACCGGUUCCUCAGCAGCGGCAUGCGGGAUGCCGUUCGCGAGUCGAUGCUGGAGCGGGCGGUGGGCGACGUCUUCAGCAAGAGCGUGACGCGCCAGCUGGAGCGACAGGUGCGCAGCUCGCUGAAGGAGGCCGCUGAGCGCGAGGCGCUGCUGGUGUCGGCGCAGGGGGAGAUCCUGCAGACGGCGGUGCUGCAGCCGCGGCUGGCCGCUCGCUGGCCGCACGUCUCUUCCGACGCGGCCGCCGUGCAGCUUCGGGAGAUGGUCCAGCGGCACAGCGUCACCCUGCUGGGGGUGGGUAACGGUACGGCGUGCCGCGAGACGUGGCAGUACGUGGCCGAACUGAACGGCGCCGGCUGGUUGGCCGGUUCGCCGCUAGAUGUCACGCUGGUUGACGAGGGCGGCGCCAGCGAGUACUCGACCACCAAGGCGGCGGCCGACGAGAUGCCCGAGCUGGACUGCAGCGUCCGCAGCGCCGUGUCGCUGGCGCGCCGCCUCCAGGACCCCAUCUCCGAGUACGUCAAGCUAAUCCGUUUUUGCCUCUUCCUGUUUCUGACCGUCGUUUUCUGA